CCGCGCCGCGUCGCCUCCGCCGCAGCCGUGCGGGUCAAUGAGUUGCGAGGGGCGGCGGCGGCGGCGCCGCCGGUGCGUCCCCGCGCUUCCACCGCGUCUCCCGCCUGCCCCGCGCACGGCGCUGGUGUCCAGCCCGGCCGCGACCCUGAAGUUGACGAGCUCCCGCCUUAGCGCUCGUCCCCGCCGCUGCUUCACAGCCCGUCUGUGGAGACACACCGCGACCGCGCCGGAGAAAGCAGCAUCUGGAGGAGGAGGAGGAGGAGAGGAAGCGUCCCGUCCCCGCGAGGAGGAGGAGGAGGAGAAGAAGAAGAAGGAGGAGGUCUGUAGGUGAGCGUGGUCUGAUGCCCGCAAAGUGCCGUGGAGCCAGGCGAGCCGGCGGGACGGUAGGACACAGGAUUUCACAAGUAAAUUUUGUAUCAAGCCUGUAACUUCUGUGUGGUCUUCACUUCUUCGUUAAAGACAGGCUCUAUCCACAGCAGGAGUUCAAGUAUGUUUCAAACUGCCUAGCAGCUCACAGGCGUGAGCAUUAAAUGGAGGGGUUAGUCCACCCUGUAUGUGUGCUGUCGGUAACAAACCUGGAGAACAAGCUUGCAGGCACAUGGGCCGGUGUUCUGCCUGUUGAGCCACGCAGCCUCUUUUCACAGACAGGCGCGCCCACCAAGGAGCAUCGCACAAAGAUGGGGACCUGCUGCCCACCACCAUGAGGACGAACCGCAGCAGAUACCUACCAGGAGUCCCACCAGAGCACUUGCACCCCCCAGCACCCACCAGCAAGACCCUGCCCGGAGCCAACGGCAGUGGCUGCCUGGAGCAUGUCAUGCCAGUGUCCACCAAGGAUGGGCAGCUGCUCUCCUCUGUCAUGCGGACCCUCUCCACACAGAGCAGCCCCUUUAAUGACCAGCCAAUAUGCAGGAUCUGCCAUGAGGGCAGCAGCCAGGAAGACCUGCUUUCCCCUUGCAAAUGUACAGGGACAUUGGGGACCAUUCACCGCAGCUGCCUGGAGCGCUGGCUGACAUCUUCAAACACCAGCUACUGUGAACUCUGCCACUUCAGGUUUGCAGUGGAGCGCAAAUACAGGCCAUUGGUGGAGUGGCUGAGGAACCCAGGCCCCCAGCAUGAGAAACGGACUCUCUUUGGAGACCUGCUGUGCUUCUUUUUUAUCACUCCGCUGGCGACCAUCUCUGGCUGGUUGUGUCUGCGAGGAGCAGUGAACCAUCUGCACUUUAGUAGUAGGCUAGAAGCUGUUGGUCUCAUUGCACUUACUGUCGCACUCUUCACUAUUUACCUAUUUUGGACCCUAGUAUCCUUUAGGUAUCACUGUAAGUUAUACAGUGAAUGGCGUCAGACCAAUCAGCAAGUGAUACUCCUACUGCCGAAUUCUGCCAACAUUCCGUCCAACCAGCAGUCCCUACUGGGCCUGCAGUCCAUCAAGAGGAACUCAAAGGAAACUAUCGUUUGAUUUGGGCAGUUCUGCACAGGGGCCACACACUAAAAACAUGUCCUUCAAACUCACUGGCAUCAAACACUGUCCAGAACCCUGAAGUGUGCUACUUUGAUUUACCAACUCUUUGCAGAGGAACAAGUCGCUGUUUGUUUGAAUUCAAAUCAUGGAUGUUGCAAUCAUAUGAUUUUUGCUAAGCUGCCAAACUUGCUUAUUUAGCAGAUACUGUAUGGUAUUGUACAAACCUGUGUUAAUACUUAUAUCAUCAAGUGAUGCAAACUUUUUUAUUGAUUAAAAUAUUAAACUAUGGUAGUUAUAAAUGAAAAACAGUGUCGUGGUUUGAGCCCAGCCGGUAACUCAGAACCACACAGCCGCUCGCUCACUCCCCCCCUUCCGCCCCCCGCUCCCGGAGGGAUGGGGAGGAGAAUGGGAAGAAUGCAACUCCCACGGGUUGAGAUAAGAGCAGUCCCGCAACUAAGGUAUAACACAAAACCACUACUGCUACCACCAAUGAUAAUAAUGAUUAGUGAAAUAACAAGGGGAGAGGAUACAAUUGCUCACCACCCGCCGACCGAUACCCAGCCCGACCCGAGCAGUGAUCUGGGCCUUCCAGGUAACUCCCCCCGGUUUAUAUACUGGGCAUGACGUGCUGUGGUAUGGAAUACCCCUUUGGCUAGUUUGGGUCAGGUGUCCUGUCUCUGCUUCCUCCCGGCUUCCCCUCCUCCCUGGCAAAGCAUGAGACUGAGAAAGUCCUUGGUUGGAAUAAACAUUACUUAGCAACA